ACAGCCUCGAAGGAGUUCUUGCGGCCUGCCCCAGCGCAUAUCGGGCUAUACACCGAGCACACAGCAAUUCCCCAAUCUCUCCCCCACCAACCCUAUCUACCGUGCACGCUCGAUAAACCGAUAGAAGCGGCCUGUGCUUGACCGACUCACUUUCGUACUUACUCCACCAGCGUCAAUCGCUCUCCUCUCCUCUCCUCUCCUCUCCUCUCCUCCCUGGCCUUCACCAACACAACUCUUCGCUUUCCGGCGCCCCAAGCGAUCGCCUAACACAGGCAAUUUGCUUUCGCAAAUUCGCGAGGUAGACGCCUCCAGUCCAAUACCACUCUCCGAAUCUCCGGGAGCUAGACUUCACACCCGGCCAACAAUGUCAGUCCAGCGCCCGCGUACCCCGUCUGCUGCGUACGACUCAGUACCAGCUCCCCACGAUCCUACCCAUUUGAGUCGCGGUUAUGGCAAUUCAUCGCAUCUGAACGUCGACGGCAACGACUUCGCUUCAACACCUGCGAAUCCCUCUGCUCUCGAAUCCUCACCUUUGGGUCAAUCGCUCCGCACCCAGGAGUCGCAAAGGAGAGGGCGCUUCGAGGAGGAGUUUGAUGCGAAAACCCGGGGCGAAUCCAUCUUGCUAGAUGGUGACAUACCACAACGUCCGGCAUCACGAGCUUCCAAUUUCAAUCAAGGAGCUACCCCUUCGCGCAGUGGUACGCUGAAGAAAAAAUCAUCGAUCAAGCGCAGUUCUAGCUUGAAGCGUAGCGGGAGUAGGCGGAGCACAUAUGCUGGCAGCAUUCGCGGGGUUAGUGUUGAUGACGAAGAGCGUGGAUCAAGCAGACAGAACAGCGUCUUCUACACACCCGUUCCCACCACUGGCUCUCCCACCGAGAUACUUGCCAACCGUUUCCAAGCCUGGCGAAAGCUAUUGAAGGACCUCAUCACCUACUUUCGAGAGGUCGCCACGUCCUACGAGCAACGCGCCAAAGCUCUCCUCAAAGUAUCGAACGUAGUCAAUAAUACCAAUGCGCCGUCGUCUUUCCUACUUGAAGGUGGUCUGAAUGAUGCUAACCGCAUCUUGCGCGAUUUUCAUAAGCAGUCAGUCGCGGAAGCCAAUAAAGCCAGAGACAUUGAACAUGAAGUCAUAAAUCAGUUGAGUGGACUUCGCGCAGACCUAGGCCAGAAAAUAAAGGAAAUCAAGUCUUUGUCCGGUGACUUCAAGAACUCCGUGGAGAAGGAAAAGGAGACCACUCGCAAGUGUGUUGCCGCUCUUGACGAGGCCUUGUCGCUCAUAGAUUCGGAUCCGGCGGCAGUCGCCGGCAAAGGCGACCCUUACGUCGUGAAACUUGGCGUCGACCGUCAGGUUGAAAGGCAAAUUGACGAGGAAAACUAUCUGCAUAGGGCGUAUCUUAACCUCGAAAACUCUGGACGCGAGCUCGAGUCGAUAGUCGUUGGCGAAAUUCAGAAGGCGUACAAUGCUCUGGCAACAAUUCUGAAGCGAGAUGCUGAUGAAAUGUACUCGACUAUCGAGAAACUUCGAAAUGGACCUGUAGGAAUGCCGCGGGAUUUCGAGUGGAAUCAAUUUGUAACCAAAGACCCACAUUUCGUAAAUCCUAACAUACCAUUGCGAAGGAUAGAAGACAUUGAAUAUCCCGGUCGACAUCACCCUGCCACAACUGAAGUACGAGCAGGAAUGCUCGAGAGAAAGAGUAAAUAUCUGAAGAGCUACACCCCAGGCUGGUACGUCUUGUCACCUACUCACCUUCACGAGUUCAAGUCGGCGGACCGCAUCUACACGCAACCUCCGGUCAUGUCGUUGUAUCUACCGGAUCAAAAGCUCGGAUCGCAUUCUCAACCCGGAAGCACUUCGAACAAGUUCGUCCUCAAGGGACGGCAAACCGGAUCAAUGCACCGUGGGCAUACCUGGGUAUUCCGAGCCGAGACUUACGACACCAUGAUGGCCUGGUAUGACGACAUUAAGAAGUUGACAGAAGUCAGCGGCGAAGAGCGCAAUGCGUUCGUUCGGCGUCAUGCACGCAGUGUGAGCCAAGGAAGCACCCGCUCGAUCAGUAGCGACGGCCUCGAGGAGGAUGAGGCAGACGAGGUUCCCUACUCCGCGAACCAAUCGAUUGCGAACGAGGCCGUGAGGGAGGAAGCCCCGCAACGACCAUCUCCAGGUGGGCGAUUUCCAAGCGACAUUCAGCUGGACCGUGACUUACAACAACCUCUUUCGAGUAACAGCUCGGAAGUCGGUCAUGAUUUGACCGCUGCAGCGGGAGGACUACAGGGAACAUUUUCGGAAUCCGCUUACUCGAACGUACAAGACCGCACUCAACUGCAGCCUUUGCAAACCCAGGCGCCGGCCGAGAACGCCUUUGCUUAUGGGUACAAUGAGGAUCACGCAUCUCAACCCCAGCAUUUGGCAGAGAACGACAGACAAUUCCAGCAGAGUUUGCAGAGCACUUAUCCACAACAACAAUAUCCGAAUGCUGCUCCUACACAGGGACUCUAUUCUUCAAACGCAGUGGCACCCAAUCAACAGUCAGAAUACCUACCAAGCAAUAAUGCACACAAUAUGGUUCAACCAACAACCGGGCAGACGUAUCAGCCAAACCUGAACCCUAUUGAACGACACGAUAGUACAUAUGGUGAUUGGAUGGCACCUGCAGCAGGCGGGGCGGCGAUAGGGGUAGCAGGUGGCGCGGCAUACAAUUAUCAUAAUCAGCAACAUCAACAGCAACAGCAACAGCAACAGCAACAGCAACAGCAACAGCAACAAGUACAGCCAGACCCUUACUAUCAAACACAGGCUGCGCCUCUGAGCGGCGGACCCGAGGCGAAUGGGACAGCGUAUCCCAAGGCAGUUCCCGCGCCCGUUCCUGCGUCCAUUCCCUUUGCUUCUGAGCCCGAUAGUCUGGCAACCACUCCGGCGACAUCAGUGAACAAGUCUUUUUUAGACGAAGCUGAGGUGGUUCCCGUCGCUACCUCAUCGAAUGCUACCAACGGCGGGGCGAUCCCAGAGCUACGGUCAUUUCCCAAAGUCACAAGGAAUAAUACAGAUAUAAGCGUUAGUGAUUUACAUGUUCCAGGGGAAUUCCCUAGACAGUCUCGUGUAUAGGGCUGUGUAUUUGUUUCCCGCUUUGUUUUUCUAUAACUCUCUGGUCAGGAGUUGAUGUGUGGUCCUUUCAAACAUCCCUCUUUCUUUGUUUCUACCAGUAUCUAUUCUCCACGGUGUUGAAGGACGAGGAGUUGAAGGGAUACGGGGCCCGAAG